UUAAAAUGGGGGCCUGCCCAUUUGCCCUAGCCCAACGGCUCUAUUUUGCUUUCGAGAGGAUGGAUGCUGGAUCGACGCUUGGUAUGGUGAGAGAGGAGGAUUUCCUUGCGCGCAAGCUCGACAUUCAGCUGGAUUACUGGGCGGCGGAGAAAUGGCAGCUGGAGAAUCGACUUCUGGUGGGAGAGAGAGCUCACAGGCAUACGGAGGCUUUUCAAAGCUAUGAAAAUGCGCAGCUUGCCCUCACACUGGGCCUUCAGCAGCACGAACUUUUUCUGAGCAAGCUCAAGCUGGAUAGCGUUGUGGACGAUCUUACGCAUUUCCAGACCCGAGUGACACUACUGGAGAGCCAAGUUCGACUAGAAAAGGAAAAGGUUGAGCGGCUCAAGCAGCAGCAGUCCCUCGGUGGACAAUCCGUUUUAGCAACGAAGGAAGCGGAGUUUGUGGAUAAGUUGCAUGAUGCAUCACAGCAGAUUCAGGAUCUUCGGCAGGAAAUCCACGGGUUGAAACUCGGCCAUGCCACAGAAAUGACCAAAGUUUCGAAGGAGUUGCAAGCUCUUCUCAGGGAAAGGGACUUCGUGUGGAAUCAGCUGAAAUGCUUGGAGGCCGAUUUUUGCUGCCGCCUGAAAGAAAAAGAAGCGGUAGUGCUCGCUAGUCAAGAGGACAUCGCGAAGCUUCGAGAGUGUAACGAGUUGGCGCAGAGAGUUGGUGAUGAAAGAGCAGUGGAGCUGACGAUAACGAAGAUGGAAUUGAAGAAAGCAGAAGAUGAGUCCCUGGAGAUGAAAAAUAUGGUUGCCGAACUCAUGUCAGAGAAGGUGCAAACAAGCGCAAGCGAUGAGCUACAAAAUGCGUACAGAAGGCUUGAGGAGGUAAGGCUGGAAAAUAGGAACCUGAAGGAGUUGUAUGCUGAACUGGAGGCCAAGCAUGACGAAAAAAUGAGGCUGGACAAACCCGUGAAAACUGGAAAGAAGGACGUCACUACGCGCAACUUAUCGUCAGAAAUGGAGGCCGCCGCAGGAGAGUCUGGGCAAUGCAAGCGCUUGCGCUCGCGCUCUCGAAAAGCCAGAGGAGAAGGGGAGAAGACUGCAAAGCGCACCAAUCGUGGUGAGAACACUGGAAAGCGACGCCAGAACAAGACUUCAAGCUCCAGUGGCGGAAGGGUUCUAAGAGCAAGAGACUCGAGUGGCAGUGCCACAAACACUAGCUUUUUCUCAGCCUCGUUUAGUAUUCCAAAGGUAAAGAAUACACUCGCAGCGGUGAGAUAACAACGAUCAUGACAAAGAAAUCUUCCUCUUGGGCAGUCGUCUUCGUAAAAUAGAUGAGCCGGUGCCUUCAACUACUUGACUUGUGCUCAGAUAGGGGCACAUGUAUCCUUCCACCUGGUUUGUUAAUUAUAUAACAACAUUCUCUCUGUUGAAGCUACAA